AUGCGCCGCCCAGAGCUCCCUUCGCUUGCUUCUUUGGGAAUCUGGUCGCUAUCUCACGCAGAGUCCGCUUCACCCCGACUUCGAAGUCACACCCCGGCACCUAUGAGACGCGACAUGCCCUCGAAGAAAGAGAUCGCACCGCUCAACGACAUAGUCAACGUCAAGAUCUCGACUACAAAGUGCGAUAUGGGUAUCCACGACGUCAAGGGAGCGCACGGUGGGGACAACGUGAAUGGCGUGGAGUCAUGGCUGGCCGCCGUAGAGAUCAAAAUCGACCUUGAGAAGGCACAGCAAACGACGACAACCGCAUCGCCUGGCACACCUGCGCUGAGGCCUCUAAGUAUCCAGCAGUAUGGGGCACAGCUUUGCGAGGAAAUCUCGCCGACCGAUACAAGUUUCUCGUCCGAUUCGAUAUUCGACUCUCCAUGCGGCCCGACAGACUCAAAUUGUGUCUCUGCCCGCCGCCACCGAUACCCCGAAACAGAAAUUUCGAGCCUCAACGACGAGGAUGAGCUACGCGCACGUAAGGAGCUCCUCUACAGCGUGGAGCUUUUCGACGACAGCGGUUUCGAGGCCGCAACGUCGGCCACACUCCUUGACGAUUCGCCCCUCGAAUCCGGGUCCUCGGAGUCCUCACCAAAGUUGAUCCCCACUACUGGUACACCAGCUCUUAAAGGCUUCGACCCACACGCGAACCACCUCAUACUCCUCACCUCCUGCCUCCAAUGCGUCCUCUCAGGCCUCCCUUGCUCCCGCACGCUGCCCGCCUGCUCCCGCUGCAUACGCCAUGGACACGCCGACCUCUGUUUGGCUCAGCGCAAGCGGCAUCAUAGCGAGAUAUACUGUGCGAAUGAUAGCGUGGAUCUGGACCCUCUUCUUGUUGUGGCAGAGGGCGACAACGAUGGAACGUUCCAGAAGAAGAUCCAGCUACAGAACGAGCUGCUCAAGACUUGGCGCGAGAAGCAAGAGCUCAAAAACUGGGUUCUUCCUGUUGACGACGGCAAGCGGGGCGAUUGGAAAACCGAGCCGAUGAAGAAGGCAGAAGUACAUCCGGGUGUGGGAAGCGGACCAGAGAAGUAUCAUCGACUGCGGAUUUCGAUGUGGCACGAGAACGGGAUGUGUGGGAGGAUCGGAGGCUAGGAGGGAAGAGUUGAGUUGGUCAGGCCGACAGAGCCUCUUUGCUUGAGCAUUUGUCAAUCGGUGUCGAAAAAUUUCACGAUACCUUUUUUUCUUGCAUAUUCAGCGGCAUAAACGCUCUGGAAUAGCGGAUGCAAUUACUUGCAUAUGGCUGGUCAUUUGCUCGGCGCAUUGAGAUAGGAUCUUUUGGGAUUUGUGAGCGCAUGCUUGAAUUUUAUUACGAACUCUCUCUCCUCAUAGCCUCUUUUUAUUUCCUCAAGUAGUUGCCUUCAAU